GCUCCGGGCUGAUUGGCCCGGGACGCAGGGGCGGGGCCCUUUGGGGCGCGCUGCGACUCAUUGGCCCGGAGCGCGGGGGCGGGGUUUCGGAGGACUCGCGGAGCGACGGCCAUGGAGGGAUCCGGCGCGGGCUUCCGGAAGGAGCUGCUGAGUAAGCUGCUGCACCUGCACUUCCGGGACCACAGGACCAAAGUCAGCGCCGAUGCGCUGCAGCUCACGGCGGAGCUGCUCCGGAUUUUCGUGGUGGCUCCUGGACUUCUAGUGGCCCCUGCGCUUUCCACGGCCAACCCAGGAGGCCCCUGCACAGCCUGGCGUCCGGGGACCUGCAGCAGUCCAGCCAGCACACGCGCCCCAGCCUCAGAAGGGGCGGGUCACCCCCGCCCUCCCCUCCCUGCACCCCCGCCCCGGCACAGGAGCCCGGUGCUGGGGGAGAGGCCAACCCCCCUCCCUGAGCUGCACGUCUGUUCCCACAAAGCAACGUCAAUAAAUCAGGUCUGUCCCUGGUGUGGCCUUCUCACUGCCAGUGCCCAGAGCCCAGUGCUCCGACCCCCACCCUGCUGGGACCCCCACCCUCCUGGGACGGAAGCUCCCAUAGCAGGUGCGUGCAGACCCCCGGGGCUGGCUCCCAGGGGCGUGCAGACCCCCAGGGCUGUCUUUCAGGGGCGUGCAGACCUCCGGGGCUGGCUCCCAGGGCGUGCAGACCCCCAGGGCUGGCUCCCAGGGUGUGCAGACAUGCCAGCUGGCCGCCCCGAGGCCCUGGGGCAGUUCUGGGUGGGCCGCACUUAGGGCACCAUUGGCCUGGGGGCUCACUGUACCCGCCCCAGAGCACUCUGGACAGGCCUGGGCGAGCGUGGACAGUGGGCUCAAGCGCUGGGAAGGUGGCUGUUGGACCUGCAGGGAUGCCCGGCUGGCAGGGGCGCAAAUGCGGGAGCCACAGAGGCCACCUGGGACGGGACGGGCCCGGCCACGCGCUGCCUCAUCCCCGAGCCGUGCCCGGCCCCACUUGGCCACCCGCCUUGUUCUCCACGGAGGCGGCAGGG